AAUAUGUCAGACUCGUGUUUUUCUCUUCAGGGCUCAGCAGCUGCUGUUGGUGAGACUUCGUACGAUGGCGCUGGAACAGAAUCAGUGCAGGAGGAAGUUCUGUAAGAAAACCUCUGAGCGCGUUCGGCUCAUUAAAGCGGUCGCGGCGAACUAUCGCGAGAUUGGCUCAUCUAGUCCGGUGCUCUACACACUCAGUAACCGGCAUGAGGAGCAGCUGAUCCCGUUCAGUCUGGUUCAGAUGGUUGGGGUCUUCAGCAAACGGCCGGUGGUUUUCUCCCCGUCUAUUCUGUCCCGCGGGAUUAUCGAGCGGCUGCUGCAGCCGGCAGAAUCCGGUCUGGACUUCAACACCUGCCAUCCAGAGCCAGUGGAAAGUUGUGUGCGUCAGGAUAAGAGUGUGUUCCUCAUAGACUCCACAGAUCAACCACUGGGAAUCAAACUACAGAGUAUCCAAGAGGUUAUUAACCAGGACAAGCACUGUCUGCUUCAGCUGGGCUUGAAUCAUGUGGAGAAUCUCCUGAAGCAGAGCAUCUAUCCCAUCAUCAUCUACAUCAAACCCAAAAACAAGAAGGGACGCAAGUUCAGGAAGCUGUUAUCGGGCCACCGAGAGGAGGACCUGAUGGAAGCCUGUCAGAUGGAGGAGCUACAGCUGGAGACUCUUCCUGUGAUGUUCAGCACGGUGGAGCCAAACGCGUGGAGCAGCACGGAUGAGCUUCUGGCCGUCAUACGCAGCACAAUCCUGAGCCAGCAGAGCACCAUGGUGUGGCUGGAGCAGGAGCGACUCCAGUAGAGACGCAUCCUAAUGCGUUUCACACUUACUGUUGUUUAGGAUUGGUUAUGGGACAGAUGAUUAAUGACCAUACCUGUCAUAUAGUGGUUACAUCUCAUAUACUCCAUAAUGUGAAUCCACUGAUUUGAAUAAAAAGAAAAUUAAAAAACAUAUUUUAACAAACUGAUGCUGGAGAUUGGGGUUUCUACAGUUUUAUGUUCAUGUUUUAUAUCAUCUUUUUAUUAUGCACUUCAUUGAAGUAGUUAAACUUUAGAUAUCACUGAACUGUACUGUAUGUUCUUUUUUGAGUUGUAUCUGUGAAAUGAUCUGUAUUUAUUAUGAUCUUCAACCAGGAGAACUGCAUGACUACAUUCAUACAGUGUUUGGGAUCGACUAAUAUCAGGGGUUACAAUAGAACAUAUUUUUGAUAUUGAUCAAAUCUGUGAUCCAUAUAUUAUCCAUAUGAUGACUGUAAAGCAGCUCAUGUUCAGAUCUUCUCAAUGUCACAACCCGCUCCACUUGUGGGACAUGGGCAUUGGGUGAGAGGAAAAUACCAUCUUUUAGAUAAACACUUAACAUCUGAAAAAGCGUCAAGCAUCUUGAGAUUUUACAAGUCAUCUUAAAACACAUACAAACCAGGGACAUAUCUGCUGUGAAGCCUGACCCGCGAGAGGCAUGUUAGUACGUUUGCUCCUUUGCAUCUCUUGUUUUAAAGUAUAAAACAACCAAAGAACACUUUUUACGGACUCUUCAUAUAUAUUAUUGGUAUUUGAUGAUUUGUAAAUUGCACAUACUUUCAAUAAAACAUUU